CAAACUGUAAAGAACUAAAAAAAAAUACAAUGUGGAAAUUGACUUGUGCAAUUUUGGUAGUUAUAGCCGCUGUAGGAGCAGAAAAGAUUACCCCACGAACAGGGGAUGAUCUUGUUUCUUCGGUUAUGAAUACGUGCAGUGAUAUGGGGUGCGUAAAAGAACACGUUUUGGAGUAUUUGGAUAAUGUGUUGGGAAUUCAAAGUGAAGCUAGAAGUCUUCAGAACAUUGACAACGCAAUCUACAAACGUGCUGCAAGAGUGCUGGAAACUCAAGAGUUCAGAGUCAAAGUACCUCAAGCCAUUGCUGAAAAUACCGAAAUUGUUUACAACCCCAAAAGCGGUUUGGAUAUUGCUACUGAUGAAAAUGAAUCCAGAGGUAUCUUGAAAAAGAAGCUUUUGCUCCCAUUCUUGAUCCUCUUCAAAUUGAAGACCAAACUCUUGAUGCCAAUUUUUGUAUUCCUUGCCAGUUUGAAGGCUUUCAAGGCUCUUAUUUUGUCUAAAUUGGCCAUUGUUUUGGUACUUGGAUUUAUUAUUUAUCAACUAUGUGCCAAAUCAGGUAUGCCAAUGCCAAUGAUGACAAUGGCCCCAGCUGAGCCCCCAGCAUCAUUAUAUGGUGCCCCAGCACCAGGUCCCUCUACAGCUCCACCAAGUUCGUACGAACCCGGUUGGGAACCCAACACUGGAGGACCAUAUGCCAGAGUUUGGACGGCUCCAUCCAAUAACGAAGCUCAGAACUUAGCUUACUCAGCUUACUAUCCGGGAUCGUCUGGUUCUUCUUCUGCAUCUACUAGUCGUCCUUAAGAUGCAAUUUUGACUGAUGAAGUGUUAAUUUAUUUAUUUAUGGUUUUUGUUAAUUUUAUGUUUGUUGAUGCAAUAAAAGAAUUUCAAAUAUUGGUAGGGUUUAUUUGAAGUUGGAAUUAGCUGGAAAUUUCUACAGCAUGGAAAUGGAAAGAAACAGUAUAAUGUUGAAAAUGCAAAAUGCAAAAACUAGAAUAGCGAAAGAAUAAAUAUUAAUGUCGAACAAAAAAUGGCUGAAUGCUGGAUAUCUGGUAUUCUAG